GCCAGUUGCGCCAAGACGAGGAUCGAGCUCCAUCGGAGCUUCUUACUUUAGUAGGCCGGUCUUGAUGAUGCGAUGGAAGAGGACGGCGAAGGUUAUCGCCGACUCCGACGCUUCCGAGAAGUGGUUGUGAAUGAGUCAGCAAAAGUCGGAGCAUCUUGUCCAUAUCUCCGGGUCAUCGGCGUGAUCGCUUUCAUCAUAUUCCCUCCGACUAGGUAUACCAAAUUUUCCAUAAAGGUUACAACGAUCUGCUGUCCAUUGGGCUCACUCUUCGCAACGGUUGCAUCUAUAUUACAUGAUUUGAACAAGACUCUUCGAUAAGCUCGAAAAGACAGCAUAAAGGAGCCACAAGAAACACAUUGUCUAAGGUCCUACAAGCACAUGAAUUGGAUGACCCCUAGUGCUCUCUACAUAAGGUAGGUAGGUAGACAGGUAGGCAAUCCACUUGCAUGCCGACCCAUUAGCCCAUCUAUUGGACCAACAAUUCACCGUCAAUCCUAAAAAGGAAGAGCGAGGCAUUUAUACCUGUUUCUUGUGUUCGCACAUCCUCAUUUAUUUCCGCUUUCCCUUUCACAGUUUGCCUGCCCUUGGCUCAUCUCUCUCAAAUAUCAAUCCUCUUCUUCUACGGCUUUAACCAUGGCUUUCACGCUUUACGAUGCGACUAUCGUCGAGGCAAAACUGGCUCUGGCAUCACUGGAUCAUAUUCUCACCGAAGCGGAGAAGCAUAGCAAUGCAGCCAGCUUCCCAGAUGCGCGACUCCACGAAGAUAUGAACCCGUUGAGCUUUCAGGUCCAUGCAGCCACUCGAUUCGCUGAGAAAUUAACCGCCCGGCUCUCUGGAAGGGAGUCUGUCGAGUUUGAAGACAAACUCGUCACAUUUCAGGAUAUGCACUCGCGUAUUCAAAAGGCCCAAGAGUUGCUUGGGAAGGCUGAUAAAGGCGUCGUGAAUCAGCAGGGAGAGGAGGUUGCCCCAACAGCGUUGCCAUCGGCGGGAACAAUGGAUCUGCCUGGGAAAGCAUUUGCCAUGGGAGCGGCUGUCCCUAAUAUCAACUUCCACCUGUCAAUGGCUUACGCUAUUCUGAGGAAGGAGGGUGUACCUUUGGGAAAGAAGGACUUCAUCAUGCCUUUUGUGGGCGAGUAUAUUGUCAAGAUGCAAUAGAGGCGGCAUAGCCUGAAGUCAAUGAGAUGACAGUUUGACCACACACAUAUCGCUGUUUGGCCUUGCACCACAUGCCUAUAUUUAUGCUCAAGCAGGUUUGCGAUUGAAUAACCUGGCUGGCUAGGGGAGGAAUGAAAACUCAGAACUUCGAUCCUAAAUGAUAAAAGAAUUUAGCUAGCUUAGUACAAAUUUAGUAUACAUUUAAUAUGAGCUUAGCGUACCUUUUGCUAGGUUUAUUUUAAUACCUUAUAUCAAGGUCUCCUAUUUUCUUAC